CGGCGGCGCCUCCCUGCAUCCAAGCCUCUCCCAACCGCCUCGUCGCACUCCUCAGGCUGAGGGCACCGCUGCACUCGCGGCCGGCAAUGCGGGACCCCGGCGCGGCCGCUCCGCGCUCGUCCCUGGGCCUCUGUGCCCUGGUGCUGGCGCUGCUGGGCGCGCUGUUCGCGGGCGCCGGGGCGCAGCCGUACCACGGAGAGAAGGGCAUCUCCGUGCCGGACCACGGCUUCUGCCAGCCCAUCUCCAUCCCGCUGUGCACGGACAUCGCCUACAACCAGACCAUCCUGCCCAACCUGCUGGGCCACACGAACCAAGAGGACGCGGGCCUCGAGGUGCACCAGUUCUACCCGUUGGUGAAGGUGCAGUGUUCUCCCGAACUCCGCUUCUUCCUGUGCUCCAUGUAUGCGCCCGUGUGCACCGUGCUCGAUCAGGCCAUCCCGCCGUGUCGUUCUCUGUGCGAGCGCGCCCGCCAGGGCUGCGAGGCGCUCAUGAACAAGUUCGGCUUCCAGUGGCCCGAGCGGCUGCGCUGCGAGAACUUCCCGGUGCACGGCGCGGGCGAGAUCUGCGUGGGCCAGAACACGUCGGACGGCUCCGGGGGCCCAGGUGGCGGCCCCACUGCCUACCCUACUGCGCCCUACCUACCAGACCUGCCCUUCACCGCGCUGCCCCCGGGGGCCUCAGAUGGCAGGGGGCGUCCCGCCUUCCCCUUCUCAUGCCCCCGUCAGCUCAAGGUGCCCCCCUACCUGGGCUACCGCUUCCUGGGUGAGCGCGAUUGCGGCGCCCCGUGCGAACCGGGCCGUGCCAACGGCCUGAUGUACUUUAAGGAGGAGGAGAGGCGCUUCGCCCGCCUCUGGGUGGGCGUGUGGUCGGUGCUGUGCUGCGCCUCGACGCUCUUUACCGUUCUCACCUACCUGGUGGACAUGCGGCGCUUCAGCUACCCAGAGCGGCCCAUCAUCUUCCUGUCGGGCUGCUACUUCAUGGUGGCCGUGGCGCACGUGGCCGGCUUCCUUCUGGAGGACCGCGCCGUGUGCGUGGAGCGCUUCUCGGACGAUGGCUACCGCACGGUGGCGCAGGGCACCAAGAAGGAGGGCUGCACCAUCCUCUUUAUGGUGCUCUACUUCUUCGGCAUGGCCAGCUCCAUCUGGUGGGUCAUUCUGUCUCUCACUUGGUUCCUGGCGGCCGGCAUGAAGUGGGGCCACGAGGCCAUCGAGGCUAACUCUCAGUACUUCCACCUGGCCGCGUGGGCCGUGCCCGCCGUCAAGACCAUCACUAUCCUGGCCAUGGGCCAGGUAGACGGGGACCUGCUCAGCGGGGUGUGCUACGUUGGCCUGUCCAGUGUGGACGCACUGCGGGGCUUCGUGCUGGCGCCUCUGUUCGUCUACCUCUUCAUCGGCACGUCCUUCCUGCUGGCCGGCUUCGUGUCCCUCUUCCGUAUCCGCACCAUCAUGAAACAUGACGGCACCAAGACCGAGAAGCUGGAGAAGCUCAUGGUGCGCAUCGGCGUCUUCAGCGUGCUCUACACAGUGCCCGCCACCAUCGUCUUGGCCUGCUACUUCUACGAGCAGGCCUUCCGCGAGCACUGGGAGCGCACCUGGCUCCUGCAGACGUGCAAGAGCUAUGCCGUGCCCUGCCCUCCCGGCCACUUCCCGCCCAUGAGCCCCGACUUCACCGUCUUCAUGAUCAAGUACCUGAUGACCAUGAUCGUGGGCAUCACCACUGGCUUCUGGAUCUGGUCGGGCAAGACCCUGCAGUCGUGGCGCCGCUUCUACCACAGACUUAGCCACAGCAGCAAGGGGGAGACUGCGGUAUGAGCCCCGGCCCCUCCCCACCUUUCCCACCCCUGCCCUCUUGCAAGAGGAGAGGCACGGUAGGGAAAAGAACUGCUGGGUGGGGGCCUGUUUCUGUAACCUUCUCCCCCUCUACUGAGAAGUGACCUGGAAGUGAGAAGUUCUUUGCAGAUUUGGGGCGAGGGGUGAUUUGGAAAAGGAGACCUGGGUGGAAAGCGGUUUGGAUGAAAAGAUUUCAGGCAAAGACUUGCAGGAAGAUGAUGAUAACGGCGAUGUGAAUCGUGAAAGGUACGGGCCAGUUUGGGCCUAAUAGAAGGUUGAGACCAGCAAAGACUGCUGUGAGUUUCUCCCGGCUCCGGGGCUGAACGGGGACUCUGAGUGAUUCCCCUGCUGCAGGGCGAGUGGCCUGUCCAGACCCCUGUGAGGCCCCGGGAAAGGUACAACCCUGUCUGCGGUGGCUGCUUUGUUGGAAAGAGGGAGGGCCUCCUGCGGUGUCCUUGUCAAGCAGUGGUCAAACCGUAAUCUGUUUUCACUGGGGCCAAACUGGAGCCCAGAUGGGUUAAUUUCCAGGGUCAGACAUUACGGUCUCCUCCCCUGCCCCCUCCCGCCUGUUUUUCCUCCGGUACUCCUUUCAAGUCUUGUAAAAUAAGCAUUUGGAAGUCUUGGGAGGCCUGCCUGCUAGAAUCCUAAUGUGAGGAUGCAAAAGAAAUGAUGAUAACAUUUUGAGAUGAGGCCAAGGAGACGUGGAAACUCGGAUUCUUUUGCAUGAUGGGGUAAAGCUGAGCAGAGAAUCAUGGGAGCUAACCUUUACCCCACCUUUGACACUACCCUCCAAUCUUGCAACACUAUCCUGUUUCUCAGAACAGUUUUUAAAUGCCAAUCAUAGAGGGUACUGUAAAGUGUACAAGUUACUUUAUAUAUGUAAUGUUCACUUGAGUGGAACUGCUUUUUACAUUAAAGUUAAAAUCGAUCUUGUGUUUCUUCAACCUUCAAAACUAUCUCAUCUGUCAGAUUUCUAAAACUCCUACACAGGUUUUGGCAUCUUUUGUGCUGUAUCUUUUAAGUGCAUGUGAAAUUUGUAAAAUAGAGAUAAGUACAGUAUGUAUAUUUUGUAAAUCUCCCAUUUUUGUAAGAAAAUAUAUAUUGUAUUUAUACAUUUUUACUUUGGAUUUUUGUUUUGUUUUGCCUUUAAAGGUCUACAAUGAAGCCCCACUUUAUCACAUGUACAGAUCACAAAUAAAUUUUUUUAAAUACAAAAUGAA